UAAAAAUAAGAUCUUUUUAUUCUAAAUUCAAAUUAAAAAAAAAACAAUCUUUAAGACUUUUAGUCAUCUAUCUUCUUCUUCUUGUUCUUGUUAGUUUGUAUCUCUAUGAUCCUCUACAUGUAAUCCUACAUUAACUUACCCUGAACCCUACUCUCUCUUUUUUCCGAUCCCUUAGCCAUGUCCUCUCCGUCUUCUCCGAUCCCUGAAAACGACGACGUUUCUCUUUCUAACGGCGUUAACGACGAAGAGCCAUUAGAACCGACGCCUCCUCCUCCGCCUACUAGAAGUAACCGGCCGUCACGAGCGUGCACUCUACGCGCAUCUGAGAGGCUACAAGCAGCUCAACAACAAGCGGCGAUCGAAAGGAAGCAAAAACCUAAUAGUAAUAGCCAUAGAAAAGAACAGCAGCACCGAUUAGAUGAUUCGCCGGAGUAUAAAGAGCAAUGUGGUCCUUACAGUAAGAUUAUUACUCCGCUUGUCGGAGUUCCGGAGCCGGCGCAGUUGCCGAGGUGGACGCUUCGGUCUAUGUGGGAGUUAGCUUCAGUUCUUAAUUUCUUGCAUGUAUUUAGGCCUUUAUUGAAUAUACAGAUUGAGUUUUCAGCUGAAGAGUUUGAAACAGCUUUACUCACACCUAAUGACACACUGGGAGAAAUUCAUAUGCCUCUUUUAAAGGCAAUCCCUCCUAUUACACGAAUGGCCCUCACACGGGAUACUUGGAUUACCGUCUUGUGCAGAAAAUUAAGAGAUUGGUGGCACUGGGUUGCAGAUGGGGAGCUUCCCAUAGUUGCUUCGCAUGGGGCUGAAAUUGAAGUGUAUAAAUCUCUUGAUCCUGGGAUCCGCGUAGUGAUCUUGAAAGCGUUAUGUGACAUUCGAGUCGAGCAAGAAGAUAUCCGGAACUAUAUUGACAACUCGGUUAAACAUGGCAUUCAACUCUCAGUUUUUCGUAAAGAACGUGUUGGAGGUGAUUCACAAGGAAUUAAUUACUGGUAUGAAGAUGAUCCAAUAAUUGGUCAUCGUUUGUACCGGGAAAUAAGGAAAAUCGAAUUGAAGAAAGCAAAGGCAAAAGGCUCUCAGGUCGUUCUUAAUGCAACAUACCAGUGGGAAACAGUUGCAACAAAUUUUGAAGAAUUUCAAGAUGUUUCGGAGAAGCUUUUUGAAAGUAAAAAUAGAACAGAGGCAUCAUUAGGAAAGAAGCUAAAGAAUGACAUGCUUUUUGAGAUUGAGAAAGUUCAUAAGAGGAAAGAAAAGUUGCUGAAAAAACAACACAGACAAGCUCUACUUCUUGAUAACUUCUUGAGUGUGGAUGGUCUUGGACCAGGACGAUCCCUUCGUGACAGAAAGCCAGUUACUUAUACUUUUGAUGAUUAUGACCGUUCAAUCAGUGAGGCUAUUAAAAUAACCAAGCGGAAACCACCAUCCCCAGAACCUGUUCACAGAAGAGAAGGGGGUUUUAAACCUGAAGCUUCAGUUAAUGGUGGGUGGAGCGGUCCUUCACAUGCAUCGGAACCUGGAUCCUUCAAUUUGACGCCCCCUGAUUCCUCUGAUUCUCCUGAUUAUGAUGACAUGGAAGAUGAGGAUACAGCUGAACAAUUGGAUCGAGGGUUGAUUAUUCCUUGCAGUAAUAGGCGAAGACAGAGACCUCAACGGUAUUCAGCAAAGGAGUAUGUUGAAGCAGUUUCAGAUAAUGACGCUGACUUUGACAGUGACGAUGACAUAGUUGGAGAAGCUGUAUAUGAUGAUGAGUACUUGAGGAAACGUAAACAGAGGAGGAAGCUAUCUAGCAGCUCCGAAGGGGAUGAGGAGUAUAAGUGGGAUGAUGAAAACGGUGAAGAAGAGGAAGAGGAGGAAGAAGAAGAGGAUUCUUUAAGUAUUAGUGAGGAUAGCGAUGAACCCCAAAAAUACAAGAAAUUGCCAGGUCGUACACGAAGGGAAACUAAAAUAAGGUCUGUUCGUGAGAUCCAAUCAGGCUUAAGACGCAGUAAAAGGGCCACUCAAAACCGGAUUAACUACCGGCAAUAUGAAAUGUCAGAAUCAGAGGGAGAGUCGAUGAAACCUGAGAAGUCAAACGGAUCAGGAGAACAGUCAGAUGCUAGUGAGAAUGCAGAGUUUUCAGCUGGAAGUCAAGAGUCUGAUGACGAUGAUGUUGAAGAACAAAAUAUGAAAGUUGAUCAGCAUGCUGAAGCUUGCAACGGGGCAACAGAGGAAGUGCAAAAUCAGCCACCAGAGAAGUCAAAUAGCCCAGGCCAAGAUGAAGUCGAGGGUGUAAAGAAGAGGCGUUUUCUUGAUCUAAACGAGCUAGCUCCAGGAUCUGGUUUUGAUGAUAGCCCAAACACAAUAAUGAAAGACGAAGACAGAGAUAAUUUUUAAGUUUCCCUUUCUGCUGGAAACAAGGCUUGUUCUAUCGGGGAAGCAAGCUGAAUGUAUGAUAAAAAGAAAUUAUAAAUUUUGUGAUAAGUCUGUGGAGGAAAUUACAUCAGAGGUCUUCCAUGGCGUAAGUUAAGCACCAGCCUGAAUGCUAUCCUGAGAAUAUUUGGGAUUUGCAGCAGGAAACUCGGUAGUAUGAAUUAUGUAGAGUAGGUAGUCAUUUUUUAGUAUGUCUUACAUUCAUAGAAAAUCUACAGUGGGUAACUGAGAAUUCAUUGGGAGUUCUUCAUCUUAUCCAAUUUAAUGUACAAUAACCAUAACUGAUAUUGUAACUGAAAAUGUGGCUUUUAGAUCUUCAAGCCUUGUAGUUUGGUAGUUCACGACAAAGAUAUGCCUCUUCAUUA